UAGCAGUGAUGCGCUCUAAGGUGUGUCCCACAUUAUUAACAUACGAGCUUCUGCACAGGCGAGCGCGCUCAGGUGUUUCGGACUAGGCGUAAGUCAGAACUUUAAGAAGACUCUGUGCUAGUGGAGGGUGUGAAGACACUCUGUGGAAUUCAGCAUGACCACAGGUCACAAAGGCAGCCCCCCUCCCUAUCAGCCCGGGAGCGGCAGACACCAUGGCAGCAGACACAGAGAGCGGUCGCGGACCCACUCCUACUACCCUCACGACGAGUUCCUGCACUUUUACCGCUGGACCUCACCGCCCGGCGUGAUGAAGAUCAUGGCCAUCAUCAUCAUCAUCCUCUGUGUGGCCAUCUUCGCUUGCGUGGCCUCCACCCUGGCCUGGGACAUGGACAUGGGGCUCACGGGCUUCGGGGGGAUAGGGGGCGUGGGGACAGGGGUUGGCGGAGGGAGCUAUGCUGGUGGAGGUUAUGGCGGUAGCUACGGGGGCAGUUACGGAAGCAGCUACGGGGGCAGCUACGGAGGCUAUGGCGGAAUCGGAGGUAACUACACUGACCCGUUGACGGGCAAGGGCUUCAUCAUCGCCAUAGCGGCCAUCACCUUCAUCGCUGUGCUGAUCAUCUUCAUCCUGGUGGUGUCCAGGCAGAACGUGUCCCGCUCGCGGCGUUUCUACCUGGCAACCAUCAUUAUCGGCGCCAUUCUGUCCAUCCUCAUGCUCAUAUCCACCAUCGUCUACCUGGUGGCCAUCAACCCCACUGCCCAGACCUCAGGAACUGUCUACUACAACCAGAUUAUAGCUCUGUGUGCCCAGUACCAGAACCAGAAUGCCCAGCCCUCCGGCAUCUUCAUCAACCAGUACCUGUACCACUACUGUGUGGUGGAGCCCCAGGAGGCCAUUGCUGUUGUGUUCGGCUUCCUGGUGACCAUUGGCCUCAUCAUCCUUGUGGUCUUUGCCGCGAAGACGCGGGCGAAGAUCAGACGUCACGGGAAGGACAACAUUCUGUGGGAGGAGGUGAAAGUCGUCAACGAUGGCCUGUCCCACGAUGUAGGCGAGUGGGUGAACAAUGUGUCUGGAAUGCCAGAGGUAUUGGUGAGCAGUUACAAUGACAAGCUAGGAGGGUCCCGGAUUCUCCUGGAUGACAACAGCACGGAUUACACCAAGCCCCCAUACAGCUCAGAGCCCCCAGAACAGGAUCUGCCUCUGUUUAGUCCAGCCUACAGCAGCCCCUCUGACAUGCCCAGCUCUGUAAGCAAGCCCAACAAGAAACGCCCAGGUCGUGCCCGUCGCAUUGACGGCCAGGACUACGACACGGACUACGCCACCGGCGCUGAGUCGGGAGAGGAGCUGGACGACAACGAUUUUGACAGUGAGUUCCCCCCCAUUACCAAUGAACAGGACCGGCUGGACUAUAAGCGGGAGUUUGAAAGGGACCUCCAGGAGUACAAGGGCCUGCAGUCUAAUCUUGAUGACAUCAACAGGAGGCUUGCAGAGGUGGACCGUGAGCUGGAUGUCCUUCAUGAGGGCAGCCCGCAAUACCUGGAUGCGAUGGAUGAGUACACCCAACUGAGGAACCAGAAGAAGUCUGCAGACUACCAGAUGAAGAAGAGGAGAUGCAAAUAUCUCAAGGCCAAGCUGGCUCACAUCAAGAGGAGGGUCAGUGGGUAUGACCACAGAGCGUGACCUGCCUGACGCUUUUCACUCAGAAACCACACUGCAUGUCUUUUUUGUGGGCUGCACUGUCAGAUUUUUGGACUUGAGAAGAGAGGAGGGACCUCCAUCAUAGCCUUGAGAAGAUGUCUUGCCAAUUUAAGCUUCUGAAUGUGUCAAUAUAUGUGUUUUAAAAGGCUUUUAUUUUUCAAUGACAGAUCAACUUUCUUUCCUUUUCCACAAAUUCUUACAAAUUUAAACAUGUUCCUUUGUGUCUCUUAGGGUUUUUCAAUUCCUUGCUGUUAUGCUGUUAUGGAGUUCUGUUGCAUAGUAUCUGUAAGGAAACAGCACUUUUAUACUUAUCUUCCAUUGAAAGAAUUAUACAUGGAAAAAAAAUUCCCCUCUAACUUGUCAAUCCUUUAUGGAAGAGCAAUUGUGGUUUAUUGGAAAGUUUUUUAAAUGGGACAUUUUA